AUGGGCCUGCCCCCUUACACCGGACCGUUCAAGGUCGGAGUGCUCGAUCUCGAGAUACCGGUGCGCAAACCUCGCAGCUUUUGCAGCAACGUUGUAGAGCCAGGCGUGCUGAACAAACCAGCGAAGAAGGCGCGAAAACAGGCCGAGAAGGCAAACAAGCAGGCCAAGGCGGAUCGACAGGCAAAGGACAAAGAGCACAGCACCCAGCAAGCAGGCACGAGCAGCACCGGCACCGCAUCGUCGGCAACCGGCACAUCGUCUCGAGUCUGCGCUGCCAGCGAAGAUCAGCGGUGCGAUGAUGAUUGCUGUCAAGAGGCAAGGGACGAGUCGGAGGGAGCAGAUGACCCAUGGUCGCCGUGGUCGACGGGAUCGAAGACCUGCACGUUGCAUCUCGAAACCGUCCUCUUCACCAUAUACUAUCCGGCCUUGCCGAUGCCAGAAGACGAGGUGAAACGAUACCCGCGAGCUGCAUGGCUGGGCCGACCGGUUCACGCGGGAGUUCGCGCCUUGUUGCAGUACAUCGGCCAGUACGGUAUCUUUGCACUUCCGGCAAGUCCAGCCGUUCUGGCACUCGUCAAUGCGCGUUUGCCAGCCAGGGUUGGCCCACCGCUGGCCGAUCCGGAAGAGCUGCAUCGCAACGCGCAUCCAGAGCGCGAUGGUACCGAUCGUGCAGACACGGGCAACUUUGGCAAGCGACCGCCACAGUUUCCCGUCGUCAUCUUCUCUCACGGACUCGCGGGGAACCGUCUCAGCUACUCUCAGUACUGCGGCGAGCUCGCCAGCAAAGGCGUCAUCGUUGCCGCGAUAGAGCACCGCGACGGCUCUGGUGUAAGCAGCAUCGUUCGAGGCGAAGAGGCCCCGGAUAAGGCGGAACAAGGUGGCUGGCACAUGCCGCACAUCAUCGGACACAGGUCGUCAGGCAGAAUGAAGGCUUCUGUACCCUAUUUUACAUUCGAAACAAUCGGGUUGCAGUCCUUUGCGACGGAACCAUCGGAGCGAGAAGUGGAUCUACGCAAAGACCAGAUCGAGAUGCGACACGCCGAGAUCGAAGAGACGUUCUGGGUACUCAACGAGAUCAACGCCGGUCGCGGGUAUGAGAUCGUCCAGCGAUCAACGCGAAACUUGGGCACCAAACUGGCCGGUCAUGCUGCUUCGACGAGGAACAGCAAGCUGCCUACCGACAGCCUGAUCAAGGCAGAACGCCCACUGAAAGAUUGGGAGGGUAAAUUGGACCUCGAGUUUCCGACGCUCUGCGGGCACUCGUUCGGUGGUGCAACGGUGAUCGAGAUGAUGCGUCGAGAGAAUCCGUAUCCGAUAGCGAUAGUCUUAGACCCCUGGGUCGAGCCAGUAGGCGAUCCAUCCAAGCAGGAAGACGAGGUCAAAGGUCGACUCUCCAAACCCAUCUACGUCUUGAACUCCGAAUCCUUUACUGUAUGGGAGGAGCAUUUCGAAAAGUUGAAGCGGAUCUGUUUGGAUGCGAGAAAGACGUCGGGUAGGGGUUGGCUGUUGACGUUGACGGGGAGCAAGCACACGGACUUCUCGGACUAUCCCUUCUUGCUGCCCAAGAUCUUUCGGUCGACGGUGGGGCCGAGACAGACGAUCGAGGUGUUCUCCACGGCUACUUAUAAGCAGAUGGGGCUGUCGCGGCAGAGACAACGCGAACAAGAGGAUCGGCCUGGAUACAAGGUUGACCGUCAAGGGUCGCUACGAAAUGUCCCCGAACGGGAUCAGUCCAAGGCAAGAACGAGAGCGACAUUGUCGCCUCUCGCGUUGACUGGUAGCAACGAGCAAGUGGUCUCCCCAACAAGUCUGGAAGGAAGUGCAGCAUCAGGCACCUCCUGUCUCAGCGGGCUGGAGAAUCGUGGGAAGGAAUUGACUCGCGAGACUGUGGUGCAGUCGCCAACAUGCGACGCCGAACAGAUCGGUGAUCGGCAUGAAGCUGUCGACGCCCGUGUCAACGCCAAAGCGCAAGCAGCCACACCGGGGAUUGAAAGAUCCACCCUCGCAAAGGAUCUCCCGGCCUCGCCUUCCAGUGCACCAACCAAGACCGAAUGCAGCCACCAAGAACUCCAGGAGGAGUGUAAGCAAGAUACAGCCCAAGCAGGCCCGCAAGCCCGCGAUACGGUCCGUGAACGACACCAACAGGCAAGCCUCAACGCGAUAGCUGCAGGCGACGACAGCUCGAUGCUCCAAAGGGAUUUCAUCACGGACAUCCGUUACCUCGAGAUGAUCGAUGCGGACCACGACGUGCAGCAGGUGCACGAGGAGCUGGAAGAGGUCGCCGAGCGGCUGAAGAACAAAAAUCUCGAGUGCAGAAUUGACCGGUUCCAACUGACCCUGUUCCUGCUACUGUCUCUUUUUGACACUUUUGCUCUGCCCUUGCCGACCUUGCUCCUCGCUCAAUCAGAGACUCGACCGCGAUCCCUGAUGGGAGAGUCCUCAUCCAUCAACUGGACUCUUCUCACCCGCCAAACUGAGCAAACAUCGGUCUCUGUCGAUGCGCUUAAAGAUCUGGAUUGGAUUGCUGUUAUCUAUGCUCGAUCUGUGUGCCAUGAUGUGCGAAUGCCGCCCCUGAGUGGCUUGCUCGGAUAUGUGCACUGUGAUGUGGGUGUGUGGCUAAUCCGGUGGUAUCAGUGGGAACCCGGAAUCGAAAUGAAUGGCUGA